AUGUCGUCUUCUCCGCCUGCACAAAGUACGUCCUUUGACGUUUAUGCCAAGGCAUUUGUUCCGGAGUUUCUGCUUGCCAUUAAUCGCGCUUAUGCUUUGCACACCUUUCCUGUCCGUGACCAAUCUUUCCACAUAGACUUCGCUAAAUAUGUCCGCUCGUUCUCUGGUACGGACUUUUUGGAACCGCUGGCUCCCGAGGCAUCGAAUUUCCCGCCCCAGAAAUUUUCGAAAGCCCGAGUUUUCGAGCAACUGACGCCGUCAAGCUACCAAGAGUACUUUGCUCAGUGGAUGCGGGUGGAACAUCGUGCCCUUCAGUCAUCACAGACCCAAUAUGACUUGCAUAAAAUUGCAUUGUCGUUCUCCAGGGCUCAAAAGAAUUCGAUGACGGUACUCCAUGCAGAUAUUGUGGUCCCCGGGCUUUCAGAGAACAGCCCUUUCGUUCGUGUUGGUGACAUUGUUCAUCUUCGACCACUCUUCUUUGACAUCAGGGGUGAAGCUCUUAAAUAUGCACAAAGCUACGAACGCGGUUCUUUCAUCGCUUCGCCAUUAUAUCUUCCGGGAUGGAAGGGCGAUCUAUUUCAUGCCGAGGUCAUAGCUGUACAGCGCCACAAGGAGACAAUCACCAUCAGACUAAAUCUUACCGACGAUAACGCUAUCGUACUUCAACAAGAGCGCCUUGGAACGUACUUUAACGUACAAUUCCCGCCACGUGAAAGUUUACAGGCGGCAUUAUGGAGAGCUGUUCAAAUGGCGAGCUCGUCCUUCGAGCCUCAUGCAAGGGCUAAUAGCUCCGCUGGUAUUAACGAGCUGACUGGCAGACAGAAUGAAACCUGGCUUCAGAAGAUGCUGUUCCCCGAGACGGCAUAUGGUAAAAAGCAGCUUAAGCUAAAUUCCAUGCACUUUAGCUUUCAGCCUAUCGACAGCCAAUUAAAUCGUGAACAGCUACGGGCAGUUGAGUCAGUGAUAAAGAAUAACUACGGCGCAGUUCCAUUCCUUAUUCAUGGGCCUCCCGGUACCGGGAAGACCAAAACUAUGGUUGAAAUAGCUUUACAGCUUCUUCGCAGUGAUUCGGCAAGGCAUAUCUUGAUAUGCGCACCAUCCGAUCCUGCAGCCGACACUCUCACUGAAAGACUCAGAACUUCGUUAACCCCGGACGAGCUAUUUAGAUUGAAUUCUCCAUCUAGGACGUUCGUUGAAGUCGCUGACGGAUUAAUGGCAUUCUGCUGUAUCGAAGACAAUCACUUCAGCAUUCCGCCAUUCAGAACGAUGAUGAAAUACAAAGUCGUUAUUACAACAUGUCGUGACGCAGAUCUUCUCGUUCAAGCUCGGCUUACGAAUAGAGAUAUUCAUGAAUUCAGUACCUCUAUGCUCUCUAUACUCCAAGAUUCUGAGGAAAUGAAUCCAGAUACACCUCUACACUGGCAAGCUCUGCUCAUCGACGAAGCGGCGCAAGCAACUGAACCAGAAUCGUUGAUACCGCUGACAUUAAUAUCACCACCCGCUCUCACUAGUGGUUUCAAGGAACCUAUUUUCGUUAUGGCUGGGGACCAGCAGCAACUUGGACCUCGCACAGCAUCACAUGAUCCUAUCAUCCGGCGUAGUCUAUUUGAUCGGUUGCUAAGUCGACCGCUAUAUGCUGAGCAUCCACUAGCCCGUCAUCGGUUGGGGUGCGGCGUCUCUGCUAUGCGUCCUCUGACCAAGGCAAUGCUCCCCAUCAUCAGACCUCCGUUUUCAAACUUGCUCCGGAACUAUCGAUCUCAUCCGGCAAUUCUCGCAGUUCCGAAUGCGCUCUUCUAUCAUGACACUCUCUCGCCUGAAGCCGUAAAUACAGAUUCACUUCUAGGCUGGAGAGGCUGGAAAGGGACUUGGCCCGUAAUGUUCUCGCAAAAUAUCGGUCAUGACGAGAUUGAGAAGGAUGGCGGUGGUUGGUAUAAUAUGACUGAAGUUAAAAAGGCUUGUGAGUUUGCGUCCUCGCUACUUCAAUCCGGGCUUGUCUAUCAAAACGACAUUUGCGUGAUGAGCCCUUUUUCAGCACAGGUUCGACGACUAAGGAUCACGUUCCGCAAACUUGGAAUGCAAUGGGUGAAUAUCGGUCCAAUGGAAGCCUUCCAAGGCUUAGAGAGCAGGGUAGUGAUACUGUGUACCACCAGAAGUAGAUCAAGAUUUCUAGAUCAAGAUAAGUCGCGAGGUUUUGGUAUUAUUCACGAACCGAAACGGUUGAACGUAGCUAUAACCAGGGCAAAACAUGGGCUGAUUGUUAUCGGAAAUCAGGAAGUGUUGUCCAUCGAUCCUCAUUGGAGAGCCUUCUUGGAUUUCUGCAUCCGGAACGAUCUGUUCGAUGGGAGAGUCGGGGAGGACACUUUAUCGGUCGCACGUGGAGCUCCUAUCCCAUAUUUGGAGAGAGUAUUGAAAGAAAAGGCUCAACAACCAGAGACUACUCUAUUAGGCAUAACUGGAGAAUUAGACGACGACAUGUGGAUUCGAGGAGUUACAGAUGGUAUAUCAGAUGAUGAGGAUGAGGAUGAUGAACACGUCGACUGUGAAAAGGAAUUUGAGACCGAUUAUUGCGGAUCUCAAAGCGAGCCUGAGACAAAAGAAGACGUGGCAAGGUGAACUGAAACGUAGAGCUAGGAUGGUUGACAAAGGAUUUGCCGCGUGCACUUUAAUGAUGUGUUGUUUAGUCAAUAGUAUGCAAUUUCAGAAGCGAAGCUCUCCU